AUGCGUCGCCACAGCCUGCCGCAGACGCCGGUGCAGCCGGGCAAGGCGGGAGGCUCGCUGGUGAACGGCGGCGGGCCCGGCCCGGCGUCCCAGCAGCUCCAGCAGCAGCAGCAGCAGCAGCAGGCAGACAGCGACGCCGCGCAGCAGCCGCCGGCCGCCUCCGACAACGCGCUGGUGUACCGGGACGGCGGGAACCUGGUGUCGGGCUCGCUGGACGCGCUGGUCCAGCACGUGGUGCCCACGGCCGACUACUACCCGGACCGCGCGUACCUGUUCGCCUUCCUGCUCAGCUCGCGGCUCUUCAUCAAGCCGCACGAGCUGCUCGGCGAGGUGUGCGCCAUCUGCGAGCAGCAGCAGAAGCUCGGCGAGAAGCACCCGGCGCACAAGGAGCGGCUGAGUCGGUUCGUGCCGCGGCUGGUGCAGCUGCUGGGCGAGUGGAGCGAGACAUUUCCGUACGACUUCCGCGACGAGCGCGUGAUGGCGCACGUGCGCGCGCUGACGCAGCAGUGCGUGACGGCGGAGCCGGGCGUGCGGCGCGACGUGUCGGCGCUGCUGCAGGCGCUGCUGCACCGCCUCACGCAGCUCGAGGCCUACGAGGAGCGCCUGCGCUCCAUGGCCCAGGAGGGCGCCGCCGGCUCCGUCGAGGCGCUCAGCCCGCUGGACAUCACGGAGCUGUGUCCGUCGCCGUUGGUGCUGGCGCAACAGCUGACGCACGUGGAACUGGAGAGGCUGUCGUACAUCGGUCCCGAGGAGUUCGUGCAGGCCUUCGCCAAGGAGAACCCCCAUCUGGAGACAUCGUUCAAGGACAUGAAGAAGACGCGCAACCUCGAGUCGUACGUGCAGUGGUUCAACAGGCUGUCCUACUUCGUCGCCACCGAAGUGUGCAAGCACGUGAAGAAGAAGCAGCGCGUCAAGGUGAUGGAGUACUGGAUCGAGGUGGCGCGCGAGUGCUUCAACAUCGGCAACUUCAACUCGCUGAUGGCCAUCAUCGCCGGCCUCAACAUGUCGCCCGUGUCUCGCCUCAAGAAGACGUGGAGCAAGGUGCAGUCGGCCAAGUUCUCGAUCCUGGAGCACCAGAUGGACCCCUCGUCCAACUUCAGCAGCUACAGGUCGACGCUGAAGGCGGCGAUGUGGCGGUCGGCCGGCGCCACAGACGAGCGCCAGCGCAUCGUCAUCCCCUUCUUCUCGCUGCUCGUCAAGGACCUCUACUUCCUCAACGAAGGCUGCGCCAACAAGUUACCAAACGGGCACAUCAACUUCGAGAAGUUCUGGCAGCUGGCCAAGCAGGUGACGGAGUUCAUCACGUGGAAACAGGUGUCCUGCCCGUUCGAGAAGAACACCAAAGUCAUCACCUUCCUGCAAGCCAGUCCCGUGCUCACCGAAAACGCGUUGGCGCUGGCGUCUUUCGAGUGCGAGCCGCCUGAGAACAACCACGAGAAGGAGCGCUGCAAGUCUCUCAAAGCUGAGCUGAGUUCCUGAAACGGGUGUCCGCCACUUCGAAGUUCGCACGCCUGCAUGUCGUGCUGGCUGCACAAGAAUCCGUGACUGCGAGAACUCGUCAACAGAGGCAGCCCACGCCUCUACUACGCAUCUGCAGUUCAGCUGUUGGUCAACUAUUCUUGUCGUAAUGCAUUUGGGUGUCCGUCGAGACGAUUCAUCAGCAGAAGAGUACUAGGGAGUACAAAUUCGCGAUACUGUCGAUUGUCAGUUGAUUUCUCGUAGCUACUACAACUGGAGUGAGAAGGUUUUCAUUUGAUUUCACUCGCGCACUUUGAAUGUGGUUCAGCGCUCAGUGCCUCAGACCCGUUCAUGAUCCUUAUUCGUAUGUAACAGUGUCCGGUGACUGAAACAUUUCUGAAUGGUGUGUUCCAGUCAGGUCUUUUCGUGUGUAGCUCAGCUGUAGACUACAGUGACUGCGUGUGCUAUAAGUGGACAAUACGUGCAGCUCUGUGAAGUCAAAAGGGCGUCAUACUGUGGCGCUUGUGUGAAAUGACGUUGUCAGAUCUACGCAGUGCAUCAGACUAUUUGUCAAGACCAUAAUGAAUUUAAGAUGGGUCUGACUCUUUCGAAGAUCCAUUUGUGCCGUUGACAUUGAUUUUCCUAUAUAUCAUCUGUCACUUUCCUUUGUGACAAUCGUACUUAAAAUGUAUUUAUUAUAACCAUACUUAAUGCAGCAUGCAUGAUUAGAUGUUGUCAAAUGUUACCCCACUUUAAAAGUUAAGUGGAGCACUAAUAAUUGUAACAAACUUAAUGUCGUAAAAUUUUCGUUGUAAGGAAGGAGCCGCUCUUUCACAUUUCUGCAAAUUGCUGUGUGCGUGGAAUGAGUCAUUUCAGAGGAUUCGGUAGUCACAGUUAGGAAAUAACUAUUGUCCAGGACCCGACUCCGAAGCGGAGACGCGCAGCAUUGCGUGCUGCUGUUCCUCAUAGCGAUAACUUGUAAGCAAGCACUUGCCAAGCUAUUGUCGCCGCCAUCGUGGCGUGGCCGAGCAGGGCCGUACAAAGUCUAGUACUUAGGACCGGCCGAUUGCCUCCACUUGCGGCAGCGGCGGUCACACCUACGUUAUUUAUCUAGUCAAAGUACACUGGAGACCACUACUUAAGAACUAAGUAUGCAUUUAAUUAUUUUUCACUCGUGUCAGUGUAAAUGGACUCUUUUUCUAAUAGAAAAGUUGCUGAAGCGUCAUGGCGAAACAUGGACAGUUUUUGCGUAUUGUUCAGUAAUUUGUACUAAUGGAUGUGCACUGCAAAUAAGAAUGUAGGCGAAACGCAAGUACAGAUACUAGUAUAUUAGGGCUUACUGUAAUUAUGUUUAAUAAUGCUUUUGUGUACAUAAAUUCCUAAAAAUGAACUCAAAGGCAAUGUAACUGUAUUGAAAUCACAUUCAUUGUAUUUCUGUAUGUAUUUCUUUGCACUGAUUGUGAUUGUGAAUAUAUAUAUAUACAUAGAUGUAUAGCUCUAAAGACAAACUUGAUUUCUAACUUUCUUCAGCAUUCCAGAGCGACCAAUAUUUUAGUUUUGUGCAGACUCAUAAACUUAAGGGGACACAGAUCCCGCGCACUAAAUGUUUCUCUCCAUCCUGUCUUCUAGCUGUAUGGAUGUGACACUAAGACUUGAUAAUGCAACAUGAGAUUAUUUCGCAGCUCACCUCCAGAAGGCAAAACUCAACUUCUCUCUUUCUUAAUAGUAAACAUAAUUUUUUUGUCAUGGUCGACUGUUCCAAAGACAUGCCUUGUGUGGAAAAUGCUUUACUUAAAUACGUGAUCUAAUCAGGCGCAAUAGUUUUGACAUUCCAUACUCAUUUAUGUUCUGAUGUUUUUUAUGUUGGUUUUAAACAGAAAUGCAGCAGGCGAGCAAAAUCCACUUAUAUCCUAAUACCUGUGAGUCACAGCUGCGACCAAGGUAAAUGUGUUUUGAAGGGAAAUGAAAUGAAAUGGAAGGAAUCUUCAACUUUUUCACACUAGACAUAAUAUGGCAACUGCAGUUACAUGAGCGUGUUUCUGGAACAAAUUUACGCUGUUAAACAGGACUCUGUAGGACAAAUAUUGAAUCAUAAGACAAAGUCCACAUUUACAAUGCGGAUUCACAGCAGGAAAAUGUCAGUAAGUACAAUAGCUCUCUGAUAAUUAGCUGUGUAUCACAUUGCAGGUGACAAAAUUAUUUAAGAUCUCAGAUAAGAUUCACACUGAAUGUACAGCUGAUGGUAGGAGAAAAGUAUUUUCCCAUGAAGACUUUAAUACUCAGUAAUACUCUCGUAUAAUAAUCUCCCAGAUUUUUCUUUGCUAUCUGGCGAUGCUUACACAGAAAUUACUACUUCUGUUGCCAUUACCAUUUACAGGUGUGAAACAUGUCUUUGGUUUUGUUCCUAACAUGAUUUUUUUUUUAUUUUCCACGAGCCUGCUUACAGCUUUUUGUAAAUGACAAAAAUGUAUUGCACUGUGUUUUA